AUGGAUGUGAUUGAGCAUUUAAAAACAGUGUGUAAUUUAAAUCAAUAUAUGCAAGUAUCUCAAUAUGUUGUAUCUAAUUUUGCAAGUUCUAAAAUAGAAUUAAACAUGUCCACAAUACAAGCUUUAAACAAAAUAAAAUCAUUUGAAAUUGAGUAUUUCAGUAAAUACGAGGAGAACGGUGCUGGUAUUAAAAUAUUUGAUCUUCUGUUACUUAAUCCGCCGUCAAAAACAUGGGAUUUGCUUGGAAAGGAACUAAUUUUACUACUACAGUACUGGUUAAAUGCUUUGCGCAAACAUCUGAUUAUCCAUAAUAAUAAUUGGUGGCCGUUCUUGCAAUCAAUACUGAAGUUUGUAAAGGAAUUAGGAUUAAAAGAGUGUAAGCUUAAUGAUGUAAUAGUAAAGGAGACAGCGGAGUGUCUACUUGACCUGGCUACUCAUACAAGGCCCGAUAUCAACCAGCGAUACAAGAUCCUUUGCGCUUUGAACGCUUGCAGUGUCGCUUGCAGUAGGGAAAUACGUGUUGCAUUGAGAAGUCAUUUUGAAGUUUACUUCAUAAAACUGGCAACAUUGUUAUCAUCAUGUGGUGAUGCGGCGGUCCAGUACAGCAUUAUGGAGACCCUGCUCCGUUGGUUAUUGCCUCGAUAUGUACAAGAAGUAAGACGAGAUGCUGCUUUAAAAUGGUUUCCCAACAACUUGUAUGACAAAGAGACUGUUACUAUGUUUGUUGAAAGACCUUGGAAGGAUUUUUUCCAGGAUACCAGAGACUUCCUAAACGCACACAACGCUCGUAGUGAUCUCAUAACUUCAGUUAUUUGUAAGAAAUUAAUUAUAGGACAAAUUGUUGUCAUUACAGGCUCAGAGAAAUGUUACAAUUGGCUAGACAUAAACACAAGUACUAAAUGUCUAACUGUGAUGUUGGAGCCUAGGCUGCUGCGUACUUUAGGUUGUGGAUUACACGCAGAGGCUUGUGAGGCUCUCGUUAUAAACGAAGUUAAUACUGACGCAGCGAAAUUACGAAAAAUAGCUCAGGAAGUGACAAUAUUUGUAAAGACAUUGGAGCCAGCACAUUUAAUACCGUCUACAAUCAGCCUGAGUAAUGAAAACUGUAAAGAAAUUAAGAUUGUGGUCAGUACUAAAUGUGAUAUGGGCAAGGUUGAUUCAGCGUUAAGAAGAAUUUUCGCUCAUAAAUAUCAGGUACUUUUUGACAUUGAAAAUGGUAUCCCCAUAUCUCCUCAAAAGAACAACACUCGUCAAGAUACAUCUGAGGAAGAUACGACAUUUUCUAUUCCAUCUGUACGUCCAAAAAGAAGAACAGGAUACGUUGUAAAAUCUAGGACUGUUGCUUCGGAGAUUCUAGCAUCCUCGGCGUCGACGACGUCAUUGGCACAGCUUCACGAAAAGUUAGAGGAAUUACCGUAUUAUGAGAUUAAACACGAUCGUAUGAAAAUUCCUUAUCCCGGUUUAUCUAGAAUCACUGAAGCGUCAGAAUCAGAUGCAGGCAGAAGCUGUGGAAGUAGCGCAUUCAAAUUGAAAUCUUUUGGUAUAUGUCAAAAGAGCACUUUUACACAAGCAGAAAAAUCUAAAACUAAAGAAGUCAAAAAAACAAAACUCAUAUCGCCAGCUAUAACCGAUGAAGAAAAUAGCGUUAGUUGUCUAUUUGUUGCUACUAUAGGAUCCGCUGACGAAUCAGUUAUCAAUGAUACUUUAGAACGAUUACCUAAAAAUAGAAAUCCAGAAAAUAUAAUAGAUGUUCUAGUACAAGAAGCCUUUAACGCAAACAAUGUUAGUUGCGAUAAAAAUAAAGACAAUUCAGAUGUUCCCAAAGAAGCUCUUAAUAAACCUAUUUUAAAAGAAAUUACUAAUGAAAAUAGAGCAAAUAAAAGAAAAAGCUGCACAGUAAUUAGUAAUUCAACUUCCGAAGAGAUUGUUGAAGGUACUCAAUUUAGUAAUACACUUUUCGAGAAGAGAAACAUUAAAGAGUUCAUCAUGAAAGAGUCUGAAAUAUUUCCAGUUAAAGUAUCGAAUGAUAAAGUGGAAGAAUUUUUUUCACAACAUUUUUCUAAUAAUCCUGUUACUGAAGUUAUCAGUCCUUCGAUAGCGAGAAAACAUAAUGAAACAGAAUCUGAACCUAGUGAAGAAGAUACUCGUCGGAAAGAGGAUUUGAAAAUAAAUGACUCUGAUAUAGACUUGGACGUUCAGUUGUGUUUGAAAUAUAUUAUAGAUACGAUAUGUAAUGAAUUUGAUAGAUGUGAAGAUUUGCAUGAAACAUCUAUAGUAGAUAAACAUCCUAAUAUUCAAGAUUCACAAGAAGAAAUACACGAAGAAAACACAACUAAAGAUACAGACGAUUUCAAAAGUCCUACAGUUAAAGAAGCUAAAUCAAUUAAAAAGAUAACAUUAAAAUUUAAAAAUCCCAAAAAGCCCAAUGGUAAAACACAAAAAAAAUCAAAAGUAAAAUCUAAUGAAAAUUCUGUGAUGUCAAAGAAUGUAGAAACUGCAAAGAAUACGAAAAAUAUCAGUUCUGUCUCUGAUACUUCGAAUAAUAUGGACGAAAGUAUUCCAAAAAAUAAACGUACUUUACGAAACAAGCGUAAAUUGUACUCACCUAAAGAUGAUAAGUUUAAUGAUAAAUGCGACGAAACUGAAAACAUAAGUAAAGUUGCACUUAACACAAAGACGUACAAUAAAACAAGAACUCCUAUAACGUCUUACAAAGAAAUAGAAAAAGAACGUAAUGAAUACAGAAAGAAAUUAAGAAAUAAGCAAUCCAAAGAAAAUAAACAAAUAUUUAUAUCUCCAAAAACUAAAAAGAUGAAUGAUAUAUUUGAUACACUUAAAAGCAAUAUUGAUACAAAUCAAGAAGUAACACUAGUCAAUAAAACUAACACAUUUGGGAAUGUUGAUGUUUACAAUUUCUCUAGCGACAGUGAAGACAAUUUUAAAACAUCUGCAGUGAAACAUUUGUCCCCUAAAAGAAGUACAUUGGAAAAGAAAUCUAAACAGGAUAAGAAGAAAAAGACGUAUUCGAGAAAAAAUGCUAAAUCUAAACCAAAACUUAAUAUUAAGAUAGAAAGGCCACUUAUAGAUGAAAGAAUGAGAGAAGCACCUCCAGAAACACUGGAUACAUCAUUCGAACUUAGAAGAUCACCAAGAAAUAUAGGUAAAGAACCGAUACCAAAUAUUGAGACAGAACAUGAAAUGGAAGUUUUACAAGAUGUUAAAACCAAACACAAAGCAAAUAACAAAAGAGUUAAUACUAAAUUAGAGAAAAAGAAAAAAUCUCCUUUGAAAAAUAAAAAGAAAAAUUUAAAUAAAAUUACAAAUUAUAUAAAAUGUAAUGAAACUUUUGAUACCACAGUAAGUCCUUUGCCGGGAUUGACCGUGGAAACAAUUCCUAAUAAGAAUGUAGCUAAUGUUUCAGCUUCACCUAAAAGAUUGGAAAAAAUUAGAGAAAUGUACGCAGAGAGUCCUGAGAAAUUCGAAAAUUUUAAUACAACACAAAAUUUACUCAUGGAUUUGGAUCAAACUAGUGAAUGUGGUGUUCAAGAGAUCGAACAUUUUGCUGAAAUUCAUCAAAAUUCUCAGGACAAUUCACAAUCAUCUAGAAUAUUGCGUUCUCAGAAAAAACAAACGCCAACUAAAAAGGUUGUCGUCAGUAAAAAAAAUGAUUUGAUAAAAUCCAUUAAGAAAAAUAAAAAUAAGAAUAAAAGAAGAAAUGAGAUUGAACCUACAAGAUAUGUCAUAGAUAUAUCAGCGGAUUCUAACUCAGAAAUAUCAAUCAAUACAGUUGGCAUAUGUCCUAUAACCGCACACGGAGAUUUCGAACUGUGCUACAAAGAUUUACCACCGAAUCAGGACAUUUUAAAUAAAACCAUCGAACCGAGAAAUCUCGAAAUCGAGGAACAAAACGAAUCUAUAAAAGAGCUUUAUUUGCAACUUCAAAACGAAAGACUAGAAGAUCAAAUAAACCAAACAUCGAAUAGAAGUUUUCGAAAUAACAUCGAAAGUGUUAGUACUAAGAAAAGUACUCCGAUAAACAUUACGAAAAUAUCUUCCGAUGAUUAUAUUAAAUAUCUGCCAUCUCUUCGUGAUUCUGAUACAAGUUCGAAUCAUAGUGUCGAUGAAUUAGAUAAACCUAGAAGUUACAACUCAAAUAAGUCUGUUUCUAGAUCUAAAAUAAAUACUAGAAUAUCGGAUAAUUUAAAUAGAAAUAUAACUCUGAAAUCACAAAUAUCUCCAAUAAUAUUAUUUCAUGAUGAACAACCGAAUCAAAAUCAAUCACAAAGCAACCGUUCUAUAGAUUCGGAUAAUAUUAAACAAGUUAGAAAUCUGUUUUAUAAAACAAAACUAUCAAAUAAAUCUAGUACAAUGAAGACACGUAAUUCAGAUAUAAAUUCAUCAAAGCGAGAAUCUUUAAGAGAUUCAGUGAAUAAAUUAGUUAAAAGAAAAUCUUCUGAAUUACCAGAAAUGAAUAAAAAAAGGAAAAUAGAAAGUGUAUUAUCUAAUACCCCAAUACACAGCUCAGAGAAUAUCUCCUCUUCUUUUGUAAAUAAUUGGUUUGAUCAAUGUAUAACCAGCACUAGUAGAGAUGGAAGACAUAACUACGAUGAGAAUGUUCGAUGUAUUUUGGAGAAAUUGGAUACAACACUCGUAGAAAUACAUCAUAACACUGAUAGAAGAUUUAUCAAGACAUUUGUGGAGACACAGAAGAGGUUCAGUGAGCUGAAGAGGGUACACCACGAGGUGUACGAGGAGACGCUGAGGGACCUCAAUUACAAAUUCAAAAGAUUACAAGAAAUGUCUGAUGAAAUAUUUGAAGAGAUGAAAUCUAGAAUGAGAGAUGUUAUCACACAAGAUAGAAAGCAAAAGAUAGCGAUGGUUAAAAUCCUAAAAGAGGAUGUACAGGCUGUGGUCGAUUUUAACGCGAGGAAAGCCAAACAAAACAAGUAA